UUUUUUUUUUUUAAAAAAAAAAAACCCCAUUUAUUACUGCAUCCUUACCACAUUUUUUUUUUAUAUACAUAUUCUUUUUAUUCAUUUUUUUUUUUUUCAAUGCAUACACCUUUCCCUUCCAAUAUAUUGUAUACAUUUGACUUCUCCCUUAUUACCGUCAUUCUUCUUCUUCUUUUUGUCAUGAUCAUUACAAAAAGGAUUAUUCCCUCUAUCAUCCUAUUUGGAAUCAAAUAAAAAUAAUCUCCAUCUACAGUGCGUUUCUAUAUGUUGUGUGUAUGAAUAUAUCGAGAAUAUAAAAUGAAAGAAGAAAAUAAUUCAUAACAAUAGAGAGAACCUGAUUUUUCGUUUUCUUCUCCUUUUUUUAUAUUCGUUUGAAGACCAAAAAAAACAUGGC